AUGAAUUCAGAUUCAGAUGAAAGCUCCUAUGAGGACGACUCGCCGCCCAACUUUGCCUUUUCACCCGACUUCAGUGUCCGUGCCUCGCCAAUCGUCAAUGGUGGUGGUGGGCGUGGGAAGCGAAAAGUAGGCCUCCCGUCGUCGCGAUACCACCAGGUUCUGUCGGCACGGGGAUUAGCAGGUGGAGGAGGAGUAGGAGGAGGGGGCUGUUUGGAUGCUGCUGGGGAGAUAUAUUCGGAGCACCCGCGAAAGAGGAGAAAGGGGCCGCAAACCAACACCCCCGACAACUCGACGUCGACGUCGUCGUCGUCCGAUCGCUCGUUUGCGUGCCCGUACUACAAAAACGAUCCGGUAAAACACUCGAGCUGUGCCGAGUGGAAUAAGAAGGAUAUCCACAGGGUCAACGUCUACCGCGCCGGCGAUAACGGACAAAUCAACAUCCAUCUACGGGACGGGGAAUGCCAGAAAGCAAAGACCGUCUCCCUGGUGGAGAGCGACGUCCUGAAGAAGGCAAAGGCACUCGAGCGGAGGAACUUGAACUGGCAGCACAUCUACCAGAUACUGUUUGGCUGUGCCGAAAGCGAUAUACCAUCUCCCAUUUGGCAGAGUAAUAUCACACCACCGACACCGCCAACGAUAAAGCUUGAGUCAUCACCACUGCUGGGAGCCUACUGCACCGACAUGUUUGAGGCUCACCUGAAUGAAGAAUUGAACGACUUUAUAGAAUACUUCCAGGAACAGGUCCCCAGACUUGUGCGGGAGCUAUUUCGCGAGUACCAGACCCUGAAAUUCAAAGCCGAGUGUCCCUUGUCUAGCGGGGGUGCCGGCACUGUGUGCAACCAAUCGGGCGCCCCACCCCAUCCCGGCGCUUCCGCAACCCACCACAACAAUAACAUAAACAUCAACAGUGCUACAGACUACGAGCAGGGUCCCCGCAAGCCAAAGACAACAGCAAAAAACAGCCCCAAGGAGCAAAGAAGGGCUGAAGAGGCCGCCCGGAAACCGACCGAGAAUGUCGCCCGGAAAAAGCAAAAUGCCUGCGCGGAUGUGGCAUCAUCACCACAACAACGCCCGGACGCUAGGAAGAUUGCAACCGACGAAAAACAACAGACGCAGCGGGGAGAUCUACUGAGCAAGGCCGACGAGGCUGGCCAGAAGAGACACACGCCUAUCUCGCCUCUUACUCCUUCAACCCACCAGCAGCAGCAGCAGCCGCCUAACAUUGCCAACCCCACUACCCCGCAGGAGCAGGUGUUUGCCAAUAGAAACGAGGCGCCCAGAAUGCACGAUAUCCCGUCCCCGUACAUACAACUCCAGCACACCCACGACACCCUGAACCAGAGCUUUGCAUCAUUACACGACGGCACAAGUAGAGGCAUCAUUCCAGACCACGCUGCCAGAAUACUACACGAACCCCGGGUCACGGACGACAACAGCUCACCCGUGGUCGGGUUCGGGGACCUUGCGCUGAACAAUGCCAGGGAUGAUGCUACGAGCGGUGAGGUAGAAGAGGUUGGGAGCUGUGAUCCGGCGAUGCUGUGGGUGCUGGAUGCUUACGAUUGGAGGUUCUGA